AAACAUUUUAAAUCAAACGAUCUUGGGCAUGUGCAAUUCUCCCUGGAGUGGUAGUCCAUUCAUGGGGUGGGGUAGCUGCCUCCCAUUGGGUAGACCCAGUCCAUACCCAUUUUGAUAUUGAUUAGUACUUUGCGUUUGCUCCUUGUGCUUUUUCUGGGAGUGUGCCCGAGUGUGUUGCAUUAGCCGGUGGUGGCACUGAUCCCCCUUCCUGACACACUCACUCCUUGACACCAUGUGUAAUACGCCUUCGAUAGUCUUUCAAUGAAUACUCACUAAUUUGCUCGGAGGACAUUUUCAAUAUCGGCAAGAAAGGAAAACUGCAAUUUUGCCAAUUUAUGGCAUAUCUGUUCGACCAUUACACCUAUUACUAAUUUCAAGAGGGAUCAAACAGUUUUUUUUUAGGUGUCAAAAUGACUGUACCCGUCCGUAGGUGUUUUUACCUCUUCAGCCUGAGGCAGGGGACAAUGCUGAUUGGAAUAUUUGUCCUUCUUCUUUCGGGCUUCUGCCUUUUUCUCCUCCUGCUCGGUAGCGCUCAUGCCCACGAAAUGGCCACGAUGCUUGAAGCAGACAUUGAAGAUUCGGCAGAGAGGGAAGGCAUCGUUCUCUCAGACGAAAAUGGCCCUGUUGAAAUACAUUCACAAAAUGAAAUUGUUCUGCACAAAGCACACAACCUUGCUGUUUUGGUGAUAGUAUGGCUGUAUUUAGGGGUUGCUUUAGCCACAGUACAUCUUGUAUUAUGCAUUCUUCUUUUAUGUGGUGCAAUAUUGCGAGUUAGGAAGCUAUUACUUCCUUGGAUGUGUGUGGCCAUGGUUGGGCUGAUUUUAUGCUGUACAGCAAUGCUUGUCUCCAUGUACUUAGUCAGGGGUUAUGGAGCACUCGUUAUAUUUUUGACCGCUACUGUGGUUAUAGUUUUUGGAUUCUACCUGUGGCUUAUAGUCUACAGUCACUACAUGGAAAUUGGAGAGGCUAAAAACUGUACGGUAAAUGCUACAACCCAUCACACUUUCUCUGACAGAUACCAUCUCUUCAGAGGACCAAACACAACCUACGUUUAAUCUGUUUUAACCAGGUAGUUAAAUCAAGAUGAACGUUAUUAUUAACUUAGCAUAAGUCAUUGUUACAUAUAAUGACAAUCAUUGAUUUCCCUGCAAAUCACAAACUUCGUUGUUUUUCUUCUUAAAU